UAGAAGAAAAAGGAUUUUUGAGUUUAAUUUUGAGGGUAAACGAGUAGUUAGGUUGGAUUUUCUCUCCGUUAUAAUUCUUAGUGGGUUUGGAUUCGUCUUUUUGGGACAGCUAUGAAAUUUCAGGGUUUUAAGAGAAAUGACGCAUCAGGACGGUUUCCUGAGUAUGGUGCAAUCUUCAUUUCGAAUUGCACUACAAUGGAAGAAUGUUUUGAAAGAAAGAUCUUUGGACUUCCCUUUGCACAUGCUGAUUUUGUCAGAGAAAUAAAGGCUGGGAUGAUUUUGUUUCUCUUUGAAUAUGGGAAUCGAGAACUCUAUGGUGUUUUUGAGGCGAGUUCUGAUGGAGCAAUGAAUAUUGUUCCUCAUGCAUAUAAUUCUUCUGGAAUGAAGUUUCCUGCUCAGGUUCGAUUUACCACAAUUUGGAAUUCUAAUCGUCUUCAUGAAAGCGAGUUCUGUGAUUUCAUCAAGGACAACUACUUUACUCCUAAAAAAUUUAAUUUUGGUUUGUCUCGAGAACAGGUCAAUGGACUUUUAGGAUUGUUCAGUUCCAGAAAAGUGGAAGUUGCACUAGUUCAAAAUUUAACGUGUAACAAGAAACGCCACAGAUUUCAUGGUGGAGAUGAAGAAAGGGAGAAGAGAAGUCUUAAAACCAGAAGGAGAAUUAGUAGUGGAGUGUUGGAUCGGAUAUGCAAGCAACUGAGAAGCACUUCCUCUAAUGACACUGAGUGUCAUGAGGCCCAUUGUAUCAGUUGCUCACUGAUUUCAGGAACUGGUUGCAGCUCUUUAGGACGUGACUCUGGUUUGAGUAACUUUGGUCAGGGAAGUCAACUCAGCAUGAACAGUGAGGAGUCAGAAAACUUGAAAGGGUCUUCCAAAGAUCUUAAUAAUGACCUUGAAAAUUUCAUACCAUUGUCCCCCUUGGACGAUACUACCGAUCAAAAUGGAGCCGGUAUGCAUACAGAGGAGCCACAAAACUUGAAUCAAUCUUCUAAAGAUCUAAGAACUGACCUUGGAGAUUUUAUACCUUUGUCCUUCCCUGAUGAUGUAUUAGAUUGUGGUGGACCUAUAGUGUUUAUUGAGGAGCCUGCAAAUAUGAAACACAAUCCCAAUGAUCUUAAAACUCUUCUUGAAGAUUCCAUACCUUUGCCCUGCCCUAAGAAUGUAGGAGAUUGCCAUAGAGCUAUGAAUGGGGAUUGUGUGGUGGAGAAGAGAAUCAGCGUAUUUGCGCGAUUGGGUAAGGUUUCAGAACCUGUUAGGAAGGAUAAUGCAACCUCCACAAGGUUGAGGUGGGGAAAUGGAAAGAGGAACAAGAAGGUAAGGAAAGCCAACUACACUGUUCAGGCAAGAUACAGUUGUAAAGUGGACAUGUCAGUAGAAACAUCCUUGGAUAUAUUGCAGGAAGAUGACCAGUGGAAGACAUCCAUAAGAGAACCUGUUGUUUCAUUUCAGAAUGAUGAAUGUGAAUACAAUUUUAUGAGUGGUAUCCAGACUGAUAAAUUGCUGAAGAAAAGGGAUCCAAAUGAGGAAAGAGUCGUUGUUGAAGGUUCAAAUAGCAACUCCACGUUGAAUGGAAACAAUCAACUAGAAACCUUGGCCGAAGAGAAGAGCAACUCCACAUUUGAAAGUCGGCCAAGGAGAAAAUUGGUUCGACCGUCAUUUUACAAGUCCUCAGAAGCUGAAAGCUGAUGGUGAGGUGGGAUUGUGAGGGGCAUUCUCUGUAGCAAAAACCACUGAUAGACGGGCUGACUCUUUUUUUGCAUCCAUUCAACAAAUUUUCAGUUUAUGAUUAGUUUAAAUAGUUCUAUUCCUAAACCUUAUAUAAUUAUUUCUUUAAUUGACUGCGUGCUUACAGCUAUGUUUUUAUAUCCUUUUGUUAUAAUUUUGGGGUGCCUUGAAUAUUAUGCAUGUUAUGUUCUCAUUGGUUUGCUAGAUAGUAAAUAUAAUUGCACUUCCAUAUUAAAUAUGAUUGGUUUGUUAUUGAUUAAUGAAACUUGUGUUUGAAUUCUGUAAGGAAAAUUAAGGAGAAAGGAUGCAAGAAGGGGACGGCUAGUGGAGAUGAUGAUGAGGAAGAUAUUGACAAGUUUCAAGAAUGGGAAGUCAUCCAAGAUAGAACAAGAAGAUGAGAUCGUAUUCUCUGUGCAACAUUUUUUGAAUCUUUGUUAGCAUUUUUGUUUUAUUGACAAAAUCAACAUCUUUCUUUUCUUCUGUAAAUAAUGAGCAAUAAUGAGCGGGGUUUGAAGUAAA